AUGGCAAAGAGUACUAGAAAGAAUACUAAAAACAUCAAUGCAGACAAGACGACCGCCCAGAUCCGUAAUGUGGCUACAGAGAUCAACAAAACAAGUGGUCUCCUCAAUCUACCCAUGGAAGUAAAGCAGAGAAUCUACGGCUAUGCCGUUACACACUCCGAUCCCAUCAUGCCAUCACAGAUAAAACCUCGAUCUAAUAAGUUUUACUGGUCACAACUCCAGAGCGAUAGCGGCAGCCAAUGCCUUGUACCGCUUGCUGUGGUUGAAUUAUCGAGAACUUGUCACCAAAUCUACGAUGAGGUCGUCACGUCUCAUAUAUUUUAUAAGAGCAACGUUUUUAGUUUCAGAUAUCCCGAGCACGUCAUUACAUACCUCGUUGCGAUAACUCCAAGCCGUCUCUCAGCGAUCCGAUCGAUCCAAUGCGUCUUGCCAUUUGGUACCACUCGGUUUCACGAUGGAGGACCAGAUGUGGUUCGGGCGUUCACACUUCUCAACGCUUGCAAAGGUCUCCAAGACCUCCAGCUUGAUAUCUUUCCCGAGACAAUCUCCAACAAGCCAUCAGAUUUCCAAAAGAUGGCGGGUUAUAAGGAGCUCCUGGAAGCCGCUCGAGGCUUACGAAGCAUCUCCCUUACUCUCCCACCUAACCUUGUGGAUCAAAAACCCUGGAAAGACGCCAUAUUGCCUGUCCUCCAAGAAGAGUCGAGGCUGGAAAGAAACUUACCUUCAGUGAAGUCGCUCAGGGAUGCACAACGAACUGCGAAACUAGACAUCAUCGGCGAAGGUAGACUCGGUGAGGAUAGGCAGCCAGGCAUAGUUGCUACUCGCACGCGUCAACAGAAACGCAAUUUCGAAAUGGUGGAUCCUGAUGGGAUACUCCCUCCGAGAGUUGUACCCAAAUAUUCGCUCAGUGGAGAUCUAGCUUGGCAUAUCUUUCAGAUAUCUUCUUCAAGACAGAGCGAGGAGAGCAUCUACGGAGUCCAAUUUCUAGUCAAGUCUGCACCGACGUACAAUGAUCCUGGACAAGAGUGUUGGGAGGACGUUUCGGCCUUGGAUACUUGUGUGGCGCGAGGAUUAGUCUUGGAAUUUUAUCGCAAAAAUCCAGAAGCCGAUGGCGCGAGGCACGUCUUGCAUAUUUGGAAGCUUGACGUCCAUAAUGAGGAUGACAAGGAUAGGAGAAAGCUGAACAGCUUCACCAAAGCCCUUGAGACGCGCAUUAAACGACAAGACGAAAUCAAACAGCGGAUAGCUGAUGCCAUGGCUCGGGAGAAAACUAAAGCCAAGGGCAAGAAGGCAAAACGUGGUUCCGCUUCCAAUCACUAA